GAGAGAAGGAUCUCCGAAUUAAAAAGAUUACUCAAAAGCUCACUACCCUUCCCAUACUUGCAUGCAAUCCAAGCUACCCAACUCUACUCGAUCGACAAGAUUCUCAAAACACUAAAAAGAUAUAUAAAAGGAAAAAUAAUGGUGAAACAAAAUAAUAUAUAUAAUAUGGUGGACCAAACCAAAGUCUUCUCCUCUAGCUGUGUGCCUGUGUGUCUGUGUCCACUAUAAAAGGACCUCACCAACCCAGGCCGCCUUCUCCAGAGGCCAGAGCAAGCAUCUAGCUACCAUUCACAACACAAGUAAUAUGUACCACCAUCAUUUCCAUGGCGAGGUGGACAGCCUCCGCUUCCUGUCCCCUCCGACGACCGCUUCCUUCGCCGCCGCGCACCACCAGCACAUGAACAUGCCCUUGCCGCCUCCGGCAUACUACUUAGCCAUCGACGGCGACGCGGCUUGCUUUGAUGAGCUUGACACCAUCGUGCGGGAAGCCGCAGCCCACCUCGGCGGCAACAGCAACAAUGAGUCGCCCAGCCUGUCGGGCUCGGGCUCCGACAGCGCAGCGGCGGCCGACCAGGAGCGCCGGCGCCGCCGGAUGGUGUCCAACCGCGAGUCGGCGCGGCGGUCGCGCGUGCGCAAGCAGCGGCAGCUCAGCGAGCUGUGGGCGCAGGUGUCGCACCUCCGCGGCGCCAACCGCCGCCUCCUCGACGACCUCAACCGCGCUCUCAGGAGCUGCGCCGACGCCCGCCGCGAGAACGCGCGCCUCAGGGACGAGAAGGCCCAGCUGGCCAACAGGCUCCACCAGCUGCUCAUCAUCGCCGGCUGAUGUGGAGGAGCCACAUAACAACACCAUCAGCAGCACCAGUAUUGCUGAAUGAUCGUCGAACGCCCAGUUUUUUUUGUUUUGUUUGUUACUCGAGAGAGAGAGAGAGGACAAUUAUAUAUCGAUAAUAAGGACGGACACGUGUGAUUAAUUAAGCAAGGAUAAUUAAUUUGAGAAGAGAUGCGUGCAUGCACCUUCAACCGAUUCAACUGUUUUGUUUCUAAUUAUAAGAGUUAUUAUUAUUAUUUUGGGAUU